CGAUUUGACAUUUAAGUUUGACAAUGACAGAGUAAAUAAAUCAACAAUGCGUUUCAUAUUGAAAUCAGAGAGUGGAAACGACCGUGUAGGAUGUAUGACAGAUAUUAAACGGUUACCAAACUGCAAAAUUGAGACCCCAACAUCUGCUCUUUUUGCUCAGGGUGGUAGCGUAGUUCAUUUAACCGCUGAUGUUCUUGACAGAGUAUUUUCUACGUCUCACCUCUUAUGGCUACCAUUGACAAGUUGUCAUCAAUUAGAAACUGGUGUUAAAGCUCAAAAUGAAGGCAUUGGAAAGUUUUCUGGAUUACCACAACAUGUCACCUGUGUAACCUUACAAAACAUCAAUGAAAAUGUACCGCCUGGACACUUUGAACUAGAUAAGGUACCUCUGUGGACAAAGAAUGGGAAGAAAAUGAUUACGGCCGAACGAUAUAUGGAAUUAAUGGAAGUUUUCAAACCAGAUAUAAUUUUAGCUAUUGCAGAUGGCAGAAUAUCACUUGAUGAAGGACCAAAGAGAUUGUACAAGUCCGUGGAUAGGACACAGAAAAUGCUCAACAUUUGUGUUGAGAAGUUCAAAGCAUCUACUGCCUUGCAAGACAGUUCUCUUAUCGGUGUAAUCGUUGGUGCUGGUGAUCUACGAAGACUCGAUGAGAGCAUCAAACAUGUCCUAAAGCAUAAAGAUACUCUGGUUGGAGUGGCGCUUAAUGGUCUAGCUGAUAAUGCUGACAAAAUCACCAACACACCUGUGGAAAGUUUGACUGAAAUAUUUAAAAAAGUUGCUGAAACAAUACCAAAGGACUUCAUUAAAAUACUAGAUGGUUGUUGGUAUCCUGAUGUAAUAGUAACAGCUAUUGAAUACGGCUGGGAUGUAUUUGACGGCUCUUUGCCUCUCAAAAUGACCAAUCAGGGCUAUGCCUUGAGAAUUAACUGUGAUAUAGAAAUAAAUACAGAUUGGGAAUAUGCAUAUAAUAUGAAUAUGGAUCGAUAUAAAGAAGAUUUUAAUCCUAUACUGGAAGGUUGCGAAUGUCUCACUUGCAAAAAACAUACAAGGGCCUAUAUAAAUCAUCUGUUGAAUACAAAAGAAAUGUUGGCAUCUGUCUUAUUAAGCAUACACAAUCUUCACAACUUCGACCAGCUUUUCUUGCACGCACGUCGACAUAUUGCUUCAAAUACAUUCUCGUGUUUCAAGAAACGUAUCAUAAAACAGUGUGAAAUUAUAAAACCGUUCCAGAAAUUUGCAGAUAAACUGACAGACAUACAGACAGGACAGCAACAGAAAAAGUUUUGUGCGAUUAACUUUGAUAGUAAUAACGCUAGUGGUUAAUUGUUAAUAGGGUUUCUUAA